UUUGGCAACACUAUAGGUGUGAAUAAUGGAUGGAAGUGACAAGUGUGAGCGAGAUGUGAUUUUAAUGUUUUGAAAUUUACCUUACGCGGUGAUUAAGUUUAUUAAAUAAAAUUUAUUUUAUAGUAUUUUAACAUUAAGUUAAACCGUGUUGUACUUUUUUGCUAUUCAUUUUUAAUAUUCAAGCUCAAUUAAGAAUUUGAAACGAUAACAAGGGUUUGUUGAUCGAUAGCUUACGUGAAUUUUCAUUAGUUAUUAUUUUGUUGUCCUCAAUAAUCAGUAUAAGAUGGGCGAUAAGGAGGAUUAUUUGACAUCUUACCGAGUGUUUUUUGAGAAUUUUGCUGCUACUGUGAAUCCUGAAGAUCAGCUACCUGUCCACAUCGCAGGAUAUACCAUAACAGAAGCAGAGUUGCCGGGCGAAGUUCUGUAUUGGACCACUCAAUAUUUGACGGAAAAGCAAUGUCCCCUGACACUGAUGACUCCGCUGCGGCGGAUCAUACUUGACGAAGUGCGAGUCGCAUCGAAGAAACAACCCAAUGAAUUUGGGUACAAAGCUGACGAAUCAGUGUACAUAGCCCUUCGGCUAAUGCAGGCGGUCACGGCCCGAGUGAUAGACGUCUGUUUGCGAUACCUGGACAACUCUAAGCUGGACACACUGCCACCGCCGCCGCCCUUGCAGCAGCGUGACCUGAAGACUGUAUCAUGUGCCACCAAGAACUCUAGAAGAGUGAUGGAGGAUAGGCAUGUUGAGAUCGGAAACUUAGAAGCGCUGUUUGGUAUAGAGGCGACAGAAACGACGAGUUUCUACGCCGUAUACGACGGGCACGCGGGCUCCGCCGCCGCCACGUAUUGCGCCGCGCAUUUGCACCAGUACUUAGUGGAAAGCCCGCAUUUCACUACCGACCUGCAGAAAUCUAUGAAAGAAGCAUUCCUAAGGACUGAUGCGGAGUUCACCCGGAAGAGUAAUCAGGAGAGAGCAUGCGGCGGCAGUACGGCCGUGGCGGUAGCGGUGCGCGGACGUCGCCUGCUCGCCGCCUGGGCCGGGGACUCCCUCGCGCUGCUGGCCAAGAGGAUGCGCCUCAUGCAGCUCGUGAGGCCGCACAAGCCGUCCAGGCAGGACGAAAGGGAACGAAUAGAAGCGUCCGGAGGUACUGUCAUGUACUGGGGUACGUGGAGAGUCAACGGGCAGCUGGCAGUCUCGCGGGCUAUCGGUGAUGUACACUACAAACCAUACGUGACGGCGCGUCCGGAAAUCGCGACAGUGGACCUCGACGGCGACGAAGACUUCGUGGUGGUGGCGUGCGACGGAUUGUGGGAUUUCGUCAGUGAAGACGACGUCGCUCUGGCGGUCUACAGGCAACUGGCUGCGGAUCCAGAUGACUUGAAGGCGGUGACAAAGCGUCUGGUGGUGCAAGCGAAGCGGCAGGGCUCCUCAGACAAUAUCUCCAUAAUCGUGGUGUUCUUGAAGGACCCGCGUGACAUCGCCGCCGACAACAGCCCGCCCAUGGAACUUGGGCUGGACAACGCGUUGGCGAACACGUUCGCCAUGGAGGCGGAGGCGUGCAAGCGUCAGCUGAUAGUAGACGGCGGCGAGUGCGCAGACGCCGACAACGGUGUCGACAACUCUGACAGCGACAGCGAAGACUUGGGACCAGAGACAGCUGUAGAUGUGGACCUUGAUGCAGAUGCAGAUGACGUGGAUGCCGAGGGCAAUCACGAGCCAGCUGCGCCUACACCGCCUGCUGAUACAGUGGAAGAAGGCCACGUCGACGGUCUGCUGGUGGAUAAUGUAGCUGAGAGUGGCGAAGAGUCCGAAGACGAGUGGAACUACAUCAAGGGCGAAGGCGAGCGAGAGGAGAACCCGAGCGAGGAACCCGACGAGGCGCCGCGCUCGCCCACAUCCUGCCAGGACAAUUCGGCGUGGGAAAGCAGUUCAGUAGACAUGAACAGUUCUCCCCUGAACCCCGACGCGCCCGUGUUCAUACCGGGCACGGUGGCCGGCGCUGACCUGCUGCUGGCCGAGUCCCCGAGGAAACCUAAAACCAUGGAUGACAUAGAACUGCCCGAUGUCAACCAGUUUGAAACUGAAGCGGCUGUGAGGCCAGCAGAACUGUUAGAUCUGGAUAACUGUGAUCAACUGAAUGGUCAUCAUAAUGUAUCCCUAGAUGACGCUGGCAAUGAGAAAAUGAAUGGUAAUGAUAAGUGCAACAUGGACAGCCUGGGCUUUGGCUUCGGUGUGGGUGCGGACACUGACAAAAUGCUGGACAAGGGCCUCAUAGAAGACUUCGAGAGGAUACAGAAGGACACAACAGACUUCUGUAAUAUACAGGUAUUCCAGACACACACUGAAACAAAUCCCUUUGCAAAUGAAACAACUGAUGAGCUUUUUGAAAGACUGAAGAAUAAGGAGAGAGAUCCAAUGAGCAUGAGUUUUUACCAAGAGAAAGACGACGAUACCUGUGAGAGGCUCGGCAGAGAGCCGCCAGUGGAUCUCAACGCAGUGCAACCUCUACCCGACAGUGACGACGAGGACACGCAGCCAAACGGCAUCUGCGAUAAUGGCGAUGACUUCGGCAAGGAAAAUGUCGCUCCAGAAGAAAAAACAGACCUAAUCGAUACUGACGUGCCCGAACCGAAUAAUGACAUUAUGAGGUUCGAUUGUCGACCGGACGUCAACAGUGAACCAACAGAUCCUUUCGGGCAGGGAGACAACUUCGUAGAUUAUAAUGUAACAAAUAAUAUACCCGGCUUCGAAUUUGAAUCCAGUAAUGUUUCACAAAAUACAAUCCUACAAACAGACACUCCAGAAUCUCAUAAGUUAUUAUUUGAACAAAUUCCCGAAAUACCAGACGGUAAAAGUUCAGAAUUAGGUUUUACAAAUGAGGAUUUACCUUCGGAGAGUGAAAAAGAUGCGCGAGCAUUCACACCGCAAGAGGAAACCUCACAGGACGUCGACAUGGAGAGCAAGUCUGAGGACUCGCCGUGCGCCGAGACGCAACCAGAGUUACCCGCUGAACCGCACGAACCCCAGGCGGUUUCUCUAGAAGUCGCACAACAAGAAAACAAGGAUAACGAAAUCUUAUUAGAAUCUGCACUCACACCUGACAUACAGCAACCUACAGAGCAAUUCUCUACAAUGGACGACGAAAAGUCUAAUGGCACAUUUUCACCCGAAGUUCCACACGAUACGCAGGAGAAUAUUGUCGUCGACGUUCAUCAGAAUAAUGAAUCGAACGAUGUCGAAGAGAUUCCCGAAAUCAGAUUCGAAACGGACCAAUCGUAUGCGGAAAAGCCGACAGAGGAGAACUUCAUUCCGGACGAAGUAUCGCCAAUACCGUCGCAAUCGCCGCUGCCCAGUGAUGUCGCACAAUCUCCUGUUCCCGCGGAAGUUCCUCACCCGGCGGAAUCCCCUCUACCUCGGGAAUCGCCUCUCGCGCGGUCGCCGUUCGAUGACCGCGUCGAAGCAGAAUCACCGCUUCCUUCACGGUCGCCAGUCCCGAGCGAAUCUAAAUCACCAAUUCCCGAAGCGAUAGAUUCCCUCGCCGUCGCUAAGAGUCCCACUCCUGUGCCGUCGCCGGAGGUUCCCGUCGCGGUAUCUCCCGCGCCGGUAUUAGAGGAGGCCAUUCUGGAACCUGAGCAAUCUAAUGAAACUUUUGCACAAAUCGAAUCACACAGUCCGGCGCCGGCCGAAGUACCGCUGCCGAGGGAAUCACCCGCCCCCGCAUCGCGCGACCUCCAAUCGCCCGCACCCGCCGAGUCCGCCGAGCGACCCGAGACCGCCGAGCCGGCUGACGCUCAGACCCUCACAGACAAACUCGACGACGAAUUAUUAGCGCGAUUGACCCCCGAGGUCGCGGCGGAAGAGACGCGAGUUGCGGCGGAGAGUGCGAGCGAGGUGACCGGGCCCGCGCCCGAUAUCGUGCCAGACUCCCCGCGCUCCGAUCUCGUCACCGACAUCGAUAUCGGCAUACCCGAGUCCCGCGCGCAGGAGAUCUGCGUGCCCGUCACCAGCGAGAUCCAGCUCGCCGACGCCGAGCAGCCCGCCGCCGCCACGCCGCCGCCCACGCCCGCCGUGCUGCCCGCCGGCGCCGCGCCGCUCGCCGGGGCCGCCCUCGCCGUCGCCGGGGCCGCCGCCGCCGCCGCCGUCGCCAAGACGAAAACGCCCGCAAAGAAAUCUCCGACCACGCCGACCGCGGCGAAAGUCGACGCCCGCACUCCCAAGGCGGCCGCGAAGGCCGCCCCGAGCCCGCGCGCGCCGCUGUCGGCGAGCAAGAAGCCCGCCGCCGCCGCGAGGACGCCGACGGCCUCCAAGCCCGCCACGCCCGCCUCCAAGCCGACCACGCCCGCCGCCAGGCCGGCCGCGGCCACCGCGAGACCGGCGCCCGCCGCCCGGCCCGCCGCCGCCAAGCCCGCGGCCGCCGCGCGUCCCGCCGGCAGCAAGCCCGCCACUGGCCCAUCCGCGCCCAAACCCGCCGCACCGCGCGCCGCCCCGCCCGCCCGGACGGCGGCCCCGCGCCCCGCCACGGCCCCGGCGCGCCCCGCUGCGGCGGCCCCCAAGCCCGCCGCGCCCGCGGCCCCAAAGGCGGCGGCCCCCCGCCCCGCCGCGCCCCGUCCUACACCCAGACCGGCCGCCGCGCGCCCCGCCACCGCUCCCGCGCCAGCCUCUGCUAAACCUAAAGUAACAGAGAAGAAGCCCGUGACGAACGGUGACGUGAAGGACGCGAAACUCCCUGCGAAGGCUCCACUGCGGGCCGCCGCGCGCCCCGCGCCCCGCCCGGCGCCCCGCGCUCCCGCCGCCGCCCCCGCUUCCAACACAGACAAAGCGGCGCCGAAGCCGGGCGCGCGCGCGCUGGACAAGCCCGGCAAGGACCUCGCCAACCGCCGGCUCAGCGCGCGCGCCGCGCCGCCGCGGACCGCCGCCGCCAAGGCGCCAGUGAAAGGCACAACGAUGAAGCCCGUUCCUAAGAAGUCCGUCGAGUCCACGAAGAUAGAGUCGGCGGCGCAGAGCGCGGCCCUGAACGGCGACGCCCCGCCGCCCGACGGCGCGCUGCUGCCCGACGUCAUCGCGUAGGCGCGGACACUUUCCUAUUGUUUCCGCUUCGAUUUUGUGAUUCUCUAUAAGUGUAUGAUAGUGUAACGUCGCUCGCGGCGGCUCGUGUUAGGUGCGGGAGGGAACUCCCACUUUUAUAUUAUAGAGUCGCUUUAUAGACGUGUACGUGCGGUCGAUGUGGCGGGCCGAACGCCCCGAGGUUAUUAUCCAUUAUUAUCAUUAUAAGUCUGUUUUUAGAAUUUUAUAUUACCAACGAAUGAUUGAUUUAAAAUCUGGCUUUUAAUUUAUUUUCUUUGUAUAACCGUAUUAUUUAAUAAAAAAAACAUGAACGAGGACUGAGACAUUGUUUUAUUUAUGAAGGUUUAAAUUUAUAAAAUAUAGGUGAAAUGAUACAGUUUAAUCUUGUUUACUUAAUAUUCUUAAUAGCUUACUUAUUAUGUCGAUGUAAAACUUAAAUAUCAUGGUGUUACAAAGAAAUACUAAAAUAGAGCAUUUUAUUC